GUGCGUCCUUCCAACAUUUGCGCGAAGCUCUUCGCCGUAAAUAGACGCGUGCACGUGGCGUCCUUUGUGAACGCGCUCCUACAGUAUUACUAGUGCUCGGUCGCGCCCUACUGGGCUAUUCGCCAGCUACAGCAUGGACGCGUUGCUGGCAGCGCUCGUGGCUCUGAUGGCAGUUGCCGCCGCGAUGGCCGCCGUGCUGAGUACGCUUUCUAAAGCUGCAAUAUUCGCUAUCCUCGCGAUAGCGCCCUGUGUGUAUCGUUACAGAAAGCAGCUCUACAUUAUUUUCGUCACUCUUCCACGAGAUCUCAAAUUCCUAUGGCGCUACGCGAAUGGCAUGAUAAGGUCGAAGCGAUGGGGACGUCAAGAUGCAACUGUAGCGGAAUUGUUCACGCGGCGUGCUAAACGGAAUCCCGAUGCGCCAUGUUUUAUUGUUGUUGGAGAUCGAACGUGGACCUUUGGACAGAUUGCGUCGAAAUCGAACCAAGUGGCGCGAACUAUGCAAGAGCACCUGCAGCUCAAGCGCGGUGACGUGGUCUGCGUAUUCCUGCCCAACAGCGGCGAGUACAUCUGGACGUGGCUUGGCAUCGCUAAAGUCGGAGGUGUUUCAGCGCUCAUCAACAGCAAUCUGCGACAUAAACCCCUCUUGCACUGCAUACAAGUGGCCAAUGCAAAGGCUGUAAUCUUCUCUGAUCAACUUACGGAUGCGAUUGACGAAAUCCGUGAUCAACUACCGAAGGGACUAAAAAUGUUUCAACUGUAUGGAAAGUCUAAGCCUGGUAUUCUGGAUCUUGAGAAUGAAAUGAGCAAGCAUUCAACAGACUACCCAGUCGUCACGGAGAAGCUUCAUUAUAAAGACACAUUGCUUUACAUCUACACGUCAGGCACGACGGGAAUGCCGAAGGCUGCUGUUAUGCCAAACUCCAAGUAUUUGUUGAUUGUAGCAGCGACGGUCCACAUGCUGGGUUUGAAUUCAUCAGACCGCGUUUACAACUCGCUACCACUGUACCACACUGCAGGCGGUGUGGUGGGAACAGGGGCGGCGCUGGUCGACGGAAUCCCCUCUGUGAUCAGGCCCAAGUUCUCGGCGAGCAAUUUUUGGACUGACUGUAUUAAAUAUGAUUGCACGGUGGCCCAGUACAUUGGCGAGAUGUGUAGAUACUUGCUGUCUCAACCGGCGCGACCGACUGAUUCGCAGCAUCGCGUUCGCAUCAUGGUCGGCAAUGGCAUGCGACCCGCUAUCUGGCAACAAAUAGUGGACCGGUUCAAAGUACCGCAGAUCAACGAGAUAUACGGCGCGACCGAGAGCAAUGCAAACAUCAUCAACGUAGACAAUACCUUGGGUGCUGUAGGCUUCCUUCCCAAGCUGGUCCCAACCAGCCUUCACCCCAUAGCGUUGGUGCGCUCGGACGAUCAGGGAAACCUGGUGCGAGGACCUGACGGCUACUGCAUCCGAUGCCCCCCGAAUGAGCCUGGUAUGUUCAUUGGACUUAUCGCCCAGGGGAAUGCGUCCCGAGAAUAUUACGGAUACGUCGAUAAGAACGACAGCAACAAGAAGUUGGUACGUGACGUUUUCUGUAAGGGAGACGCAGCCUUUGUGAGUGGCGACAUCUUAGUGGCAGACGAGUUGGGUUAUCUGUUCUUCCGUGAUCGCACCGGGGACACGUACAAGUGGAAGGGCGAGAACGUCGCUACCGCCGAGGUCGAGAACGCCAUGUCACCAGUGUUGGAUGAGAAGGCCUGCGUUGUCUAUGGUGUUUCGAUCCCUCAGACGGAAGGACGAGUCGGCAUGGCUGCCAUAGCCGAUCCGUUAGGCGAAUUGGACUUGAAGAAGCUUGCGCGGGAUUUAGAUGAUUGCUUGCCUUCGUAUGCGAGACCAAUGUUCCUGCGUUUCAUGAAUGAUUUGGACAUAACAAGUACAUUCAAACUAAAAAAGUUGCAAUACCAAAAGGAAGGUUUUGAUCCUGACGUCAUCAAGGAGCCGUUAUACUUCAGAUCCGGAGACAGUUUUGUACCCAUAACCUCUCAACUAUUCCAUGAUAUUUGUAACGGAAAAUUGAAAAUUUAAUUAUUAAAAGCAUCCGUUUUUGAAAACGAUCAGGGCAAAUCGUCGCGUUUGCAAAUCGUACAAGUUACUCAAUGUCACAAUCGUUAGUCUAAAUGAGGAGUAUUUCACUAAAUAUAUGUAUUGAACAACGGAUAUGGAGAAUGGAAUAUUAUUAAAUUAUUAUGAGGGAAAUAAUGUUAAAUAUAAUUAUUAUUUAAAUAAAUAUUGAUAAGAUUAUGAAAUGAAUCUGUCAAUGGGACUGUAAGUUCUUUUCAAUUUCAAAAACACGUCUAACGUGUUUGGUAACUUUGAUAGCAAGUGUGCUUAGUGCGAGUUCCUCUUUUUCAUCAUUUUUGAUAAGAGGUAUAGCGUUAAUAGCUUCUCAAUAAUGUUUCUUGUAAAAAAAUUAAAAUCGCAUUACGGCAAGUGUUUGUGAUGACCGAUCCUCUGUGAUAGCGUUUUCUUCUUUACUCCUCUGAAUGUCUCUUUCAAUGCAUUGCCAAUCACUAGUAACGUUACCGCGACCGAAUUAGUAAAAAAAAUCUCGCACUCGGCACAGAGAUUUUAAUUUUUUUAUGUGAAUGUAGUAAAUUAGACGUACACCAACGUUACCUUGUGAUAAAAAACAAAAUAUUAGCCACAUUGUUUUGGCAUAGGCAAUUUUGUAGGUAUAGUGAAUUAAGUUGCCUCUCGCAAAAAAUUUAAAACACAUUAAUCAAUCGAAACACAAUAACAGCAGUAACUUUACUUGAUACAUAGUAAAAAUACUAGGGAACAUUCCACCAUCUAUCUAGUCACAUAAGAUUUUGUUUUUUAGAAUUCCAUAAAAUAUUUCUGUUCCUUGUGUAUUGUUUUUAGUUGGUUUUUGUAGAGUUGGUUAUUUGUUUAACGCAUGAUUUUUUCGGUAUUAUUGUUUGAUAAAUUUGAAGGCACUAAAAGCGUUUUAGUAUAAUGGUUCAGUCAAAUCAGAAUUCGAACGUUCGGUUUUAAUUUCGACUAGGUUUGUAAAAACAACAAUGUACUAAUUUUCAAUGGGAGUGAUGUAAUCAAGUAAUUGUUUUGCAUAAAAUGUAAAUAAACACAGUUCUUUACGUCA